AAUUUUGGUGAGUACAUACAUACUUCUUCCAUGAACUCCACUCCAUCCAAUAGAUAAGGUUCAAUUCUAUUCUAUCUCCUACCUCAUUCGCAGAACGCUAACCCUACAUUGGUUUGGUUGGUAGAAUAAUGGCGGCGGCAACAACUAGUAUGAGUUUGAAUUUAGUAGGGGCUUUUAGAGGACUCUCCUUAUCUUCAAGCUCAUCUUCUUCUUUCUUCAAAGGAGACUUUGGUUCCAUCAAUCUGUCUCCCAAGGUCUCUGUAUCGUUUCCUUUUAAAUUUCCAUUGACGAUUGAGUCCGCGCACAAGAAAGGAGCAGGAAGCACCAAGAACGGUCGAGAUUCCAGAGGGAAGAGACUUGGCGUCAAGAUUUAUGGCGAUCAAGUUGCCAAGCCAGGCGCUAUCAUAAUUCGGCAGCGGGGAACCAAGUUCCAUCCUGGGAACAAUGUUGGGCUUGGCAAGGACCACACUAUCUUCUCCUUGAUCGAUGGAUUGGUCAAAUUUGAGAAGUUUGGACCUGACAGGAAAAAGGUAAGUGUUUAUCCACGUGAAGUGCAACCUGAAAACCCUAACAGUUAUAGAGCAAGGAAGAGGGAAUCUUUCAGACUACAGCGUGAGCGCAGGAAAGCAAGAAAGGAAGGCAUUGUUGUUGAACCCGUUCUAGUACUGGCUUCAGCCACAGAGGAUACAAACAAUCCGAUUGGCUGAUCUUAUUACUAAAUUUCUUGCAUCCAAGUUUGUAAUUUCUGUCAUUAUUUUGUUAUAGUUCUUGCUGGGAAGACCAGAAGCUAACUUCUCACUCCCAAAUCUGAAAUUUCCGGUUAGUUAUCUAAAGCAGGUUCACCAUUUCCAUUGACAAAAA